AUUUGGUUCAAGGAACGUUAAGUGGAGCGUAUUUUGUGACUUUGAGUGGUGGAUACCUAAGGGGAUAGUCUCUAACAGAGAAAGAAAGACUUUCGCCCAAUGUCAGAGAUAUGAACUCCCUCUCAUUCGCGGAUGGUACAGAGUAUAAAAGCAGUAGGAAGGAUGCAACGGGCAGUAGAACUCUUCUGUGUCUUCAGCAUUUAAUAAGUUUUUGUCCAUCAUGAUUAAGUAUCUACUUCUAACCUCUGUGGUGGCUGUUCUGGUGAGAAGCGAACCAACAAUAGUUGCUUCUGGCCUUAGCAGUCUAGGCCUUAGCGGCGGUGGCGGCUGGCAAAACGGCGGAGGCGGUUGGCAAAGCGGCGGUGGAGGAGGGUAUGGUGGCGACUUCGGGGGUGGACAAGCCACUAUAAACUUCGAAACCUUAAGCGGCAACCACGACUUCCAAUCUGCUGCUAUCUCCGGCGGUGGACACGAAGGCGGCGGCGGUGGAGGCGGUUCCAUCGGCGGCGACUUUCACCACGGGGUGAGCAUUGUCGGAGGCGGUGGCAGCGAUAAGGGAAAAAUCAUCGAUCUUACCGGACAGACAGGAGCUCAUGGCCACGACGGUCCCUUCGGCGGUAGUUUCGUCGCCUCCAGCAAAUACAGCGCCGGAGGCCACGGGGGCGGCGGCGGCGGCGACGGUGGUCACGGAUUAGGUGGUGGAUACGGCGUCCACGAAGGUGGCAAUGGGGGCGGUUUUGCCGAACACUACAGCGACGUCUUGGGGGCCAGUGAACACCUAGGAGGAGGCGGCGGCGGCGGCCAUGGCGGCUGGGAAGCCCUGCAGGGUGGUUCCAUCGGAGGAGGGGAUGAGCUCGGGGGAGAUAUAGGAGGUGGAUACCACUAGAGUGAUUGAGAUAUUCACGAGUGCUGUUGAUUCUCUGUGUAUAUAUCGUCAGAUGUAAAUAUUUAUUUCUUUUCUUGUUGAUUUUUUUUUGUUGAUUUAUGUUCUGUUUUAACU